AUGUCUCUGGAUGUUGUUCCUAAUGAGAUUGUCAUCCUGAUUGCGAGUCAAUUGCCAGAAUUGAGAAGCAUCGUCCGAUUUAUGAUGACUCAUCGUCGAAUAUACAAUAUGCGACGCGAGAUCCUGUAUGCUCGGAUUGAAGAGCAGGAAAGACACCCCGUGUUUAUUGAGGCAUGUGGAUCUGGCAAUGCCAGUUUGGUCGCGGACUUGCUGCUUGUAGGAACAGAUGUCCGAGCGAAUAUAAUAAACCAGAAGCACAAUCCGUUAAACAUGGCUGCAGAAGGGGGACACAUCCAUAUCAUGAAACAGCUUCUUGUGCAUGACCCGAGCAUUAUUAACGAAAGGCCAGAGUGGGGAUACAUUGCUCUUCAUGGUGCUGUUGACAGAGGACAUAAGGAGCCUGUUAAAUUUCUUCUAGCUCAUCUGGGCUUUUAUCUACAGGAAGAGCGGCCCAUCACGCCUGGCGCCCGCACUCUUGUGAACCUGGCUCUUGAAGUGGCAGAUCAGGAACUUGUUCAAAUAUUACUUGAUAACAAGCGACUAGGGCAGCUGGACCAAGAGAGCCUUGCUGCAGCUGUGACCGGAGGCAAUGUAGAGCUGGUCAGGUUGUGUCUCAACGCCCCGCUGUAUACUGCCGCUUCAAUGUCAGACUUACUGCUCAAAGCUGCGCAAAAGGGAUAUUCAGACAUCUUCCAGCUCUUGCUCCAGACGGAUGGAGUGGAUCCUAACACGAAAGGGGGUGCUUUCGAUGCAACACCGCUUAUCAUUGCCGCACGUUAUGCAAAGGAAGCUAUCGUGAAGAUACUUCUUGCGAGGAACGAUGUUAAAAUUGAGGAGGUAGAUGAGCAGGGACGAACGGCAUUCUCUUAUGCCUCUGAGGCAAAUUGUGAAAUAAUGAAAAUGCUGCUGGGGGCUGGCGCAAUCAAUGUGGAUUCCCGGAGUGUCGACGGCCGAACACCGUUAUCCUUCGCUGCCGAAGCACGAAACGAAGCCACAGUCCGCUUUUUGCUCUCGUUUGAUGGAGUUUCUCCUGAUAGCAAAGAUGAGCGUGGCCAGACACCCUUGUUUUACGCCGCGAAAGCCGGCGUUGCAGGGGUGACUAAGAUGCUAUUAGCAACGGGUCGUGUGGACCCAGAGACUCGUAGUCGCAACGGCCGAACGCCACUUCUUCAUUGUGUGAUAGAGGAUAGGCUUGCAUCGUUUCACCGAGAGAUUCCUCCUGGAAGGAAACGGGCUAUCGAGUCAUUGUUGCUGGAACCUGACAUAUUCCUUGCCAAGUCCAUCCGAGAGGAAGACAUGGAAUUCGGGGAUACUAUAACGCCUCGGGAGUCAUGA